AUGUCGGCACUGUUUCAGGACGUGGAGACCAUCACUGCCGAGCCCCAGCCGCAGCUCCUGUACUCACGCUGUCCGGAGGACAACUUGCCGACCGGUUGGCGGCAGGGUGUCGCGCUCGCCGACCAGGCCUGGAUCGGCGAGCGCCUGUUUACGGCACCCCACAUGCUGCGCCCGACCGCCGAGCUGUGGCACCAUCCGCCGGCCAGCAGCGCGCCGCUGUGCCGCACCCAGCCCACUCCUGGUGGCUACUUUACGCGCCGCCUCUUCCUGUGGAUGCCCAGGAAGAUGUGGCAUGUGGACCUCAAGUGUCCUCGGUGCUCACCCGUCAGGUCGCUCCGGUCGAAGGGCGUCUACCACAAGGUUCGCCAUGUGGUCGACGCCUCAGACUGGUACUACCUGGCGGCUGAGUACCACUACUGCCCGGCGUGCGUAGGCACCUACAUCGCCUACGACGCCCGGCUGCUGAAACAGCUGUCGGACGGGCUCCGGGGGCGGUUCCCAGCGGUGUUGACGCACAAACUCGCAUGUGACCGAGCCGUCAUCACCAUGCUGCGGGCCCGCACCCUGGGGAACAGUCCGACGGCGUUACGGCAGAACGUGGCUGAGGUCCACAGCCAGGAGUGGUCGCUGCGCCUGCUGGCCUACCUGGCGGACUGCCAGCGCCACAAGCUCGGCCGGGAGGCCAUGCAUCAGCCGGCGCCAGGGUGGUUCCUGGCGUGCCACGUCAGGGACGUGUGGCAACGUCUCCCCGUCCUUCGAGCCUCCGUCACCUCGACGUACGGGUCGAUCCUGAAGAUUGUCUCGACGAAGAAGGUGACGUUGAGGCUCCGGGGAGACGCUGCCGGCACCGCCAGCUGGGUCACCAGCGUGGGGAACGAGAGGGGCGAGGUGCUGCAGUGUGUCCUCACCACCGCCGGGGGCGACAAGUCUCGCCUCCAGGGCUUGUUUGCCGCGUGGAGUGGCCUGAUCGUCCGUCUGGACGUCCGGCACUUCAUACGGCGCUUCGCCCUCGGCGUCACCAGCGAGUGCCAUCCGCUGUACGGCACGUUCAUGUCCCGGCUGUCGGCGUGCCUCUUCGAGUGGGACGCCGGCGACCCGGAGAUCCAGGCCAUCUGGCAAGAGCAGAGGAGCCACGUCGCCUGCCUUCAGGAUCCGGAGGGUGUAACUCUCUACACCCAGACCGGGUGCCUGCAGAAGGGCGGCGUCCGCCUGCCGGUGUACCGGUGCGCACGCGGCACGACCUCCCUCGAGAGCUUCCACCUGCACCUGGCCCGCUUCAUCCCAGGCACGUCGGCCAACGCCGUCCACUUCCAGGAGUACCUGGUGGACGGCCUGGCGCGCUGGAACGCGGCGAGGGCGGCGGACGCCCUCGAUGGAGACGACGGCGCGCAGCAGCUGCGGACGUUCGACGUCCGCCUGCAGCACCGUGUCACCGAGCCGUGCACGGGCCUCGGACUGCGACAGGUGUUCCCCCGGUACCGGCCACCUGGCGAGUACACAGGUGAGCGCAUCGGGGUCGAGUACCUGCACGCGCAGUCCGGGCCCGUGCUGCCGGCCGACGACGGGUCAGACGAGGCAGAGCGGGCCCUCAACGACGCCUGCGAGGACGUCGACGAAGGCUGUGAGGAGCCCGCCCUUUCCGACAUGUCGCUGGCCGGCGUGGAGGCGGAUGUCGACCCGGCGGUGGACCACCGCGGCGUCCCCGGCUGGGACAGGGUGGACCGGCUGGCCGAGGCUCUGCUGGAGCUGAAGGGCCUGUCGGUGACGGCCAGCCAGGCGGCACGCAUCCGCCAACUCUGGCUGGCCCAGCACGACGUUGACAGGCGCCCGCUCCAGUUCCCGGCUGUGCCUCGGCGCAUGUCGGGAGGCCGGGCUCUGCCACCGUCCCGGUCACGUCUGGUGGAGGCGCUUUGUCUGCGCCUGCUCCAGGAGUACCCGGGACCGCGGCGGCCCACCGCCAACCAGCCUCGCCAGGUGUCGCGCCGGCGCCUUAUCCUGGCGGCGUACGACCGGGUGCGGGGGAGGCUGCACAACAGCCGAGCGCUCCUGGAGGGUACCGGCAUCCAGCUGUACCCUCUCAACGAGAGCACGCUCGGCAAGUGGUUCAAGGACCGGACGCGUCUGGACGAGGUCCGCACGCUGCUGCAGGGCCGGGACCUGCCUGCCGAGCGACCCUUGGCGGCAGGACACCUACCCGCAGCAGCGACGCGUCCGGUCACGCCUCCCCCACGCCAGCAUCCGGCCGUGCAGCUGCCGGAGCCAGCCGACACCGUUGGCGAGGCGUCGCACCGCCAGUUGUCGUGGUGCUGCCGUACGUUGCCGGUGACGCAGCCGCCCUCCAGCGCCUCCUAG